CCUGUGUGCUUUGUUGCAGUGAACUAUACUUUGGAAUCAAUGGAAGAUUCUUGUUGUCAACUCUCCACCAUCUCUCCAUUUCUCAUGCUUAUAUUUCUCUCAACCAUCACAACACUUGCAGGAGCACAACUGACAGGAGUGAACUACGGAAUGAUAGGAGACAACAUUCCACCACCAGAUCAAGUGAUAUCACAUUGCAAAUCCAAGAACAUCAAAAACUUACGUCUGUUCGACCCAAAUCAAGCUGCACUACAAGCCCUGCAUGGCUCUGGCAUCACCGUCAUCCUCGGCACACUCAACCAGGACGUCCAACCACUCGGCACCGACGCAGACUUCGCCAAAACCUGGGUAGCAACCAAUGUCAUCCCUCACACCACCUCCGUCACCUUCCGGUACAUAACCGUCGGCAACGAGGUCAUUCCCGGAGACAUAGCAACAGGUCAAUUUAUCCUUCCCGCCAUGCAAAACCUCCAAACAGCACUCACUGCAGCUGGUCUUUCCAUUCCGGUCACCACCGUGGUCCCCACCGGUGUGCUCGGAGUUUCCUUUCCUCCUUCUCAAUCAGUUUUCUCAGAAUCAUCACUCCCCAUCAUGGGCCCAAUCAUCUCCUUCUUGGCAGCCAAACAAACACCACUCCUCGUCAAUGUAUAUCCUUACUUCGCUUACUCCGGCAACCCGAAGGACGUGAGCUUGGAUUACGCAUUGUUCACGGCGACGAAGCCUCCGGUAAUUGACGGAAAGCUGUCAUACAUGAACCUUUUUGAUGCUGUAGUUGAUGCUAUGUAUUCGGCAAUAGAGAAGGUGGAAAGUGGUGGAGCUGUGGGGUUGGUGGUGUCGGAGACCGGGUGGCCUUCCGGCGGUGGUGCUGUCGGAGCUAGUGUUGAGAAUGCAUUGACUUAUAAUAAGAAUGUUGUGGCGCAUGGGAAGAGUAAUGCUGGCACGCCGAAGAGACCUGGGAAGGGGUUGGAUGUCUAUGUGUUUGCUUUGUUCAAUGAAGAUCAAAAACCUGCAGGGACUGAGCAGAACUUUGGGUUGUUUUAUCCUAACUUGACUCAAGUGUACCAUGUUGAUUUCUAAAUUAUUGUAAUUAUUA